CGAAGUUAAAGGCCAGAAAAUAAUGGAUAUCUAUGUUUACUUUAACCCGAUCUCUCGCCUCAUUCUUCACUUCUUGCUCUUGUUAUUUUUGGCAUCUUCGUGCCUAAACAAUAGCAGUGUCGUGGUGGAAUCAUGCAUGGAGGAAGAGAGGCGAGCACUUCUCAGCUUUAAACAAGACCUCAGUGAUCCUUCUGGUAAGCUUUCUUCUUGGGCUGGUCACGAAUGCUGCCAAUGGACAGGGAUUUCAUGCAACAACCGCACUGGUCAUGUUGCAACGGUUGACCUCCGUAAUACAUAUCCAUACACCACUGGUUUGGGGGUUAGCACAGCCCAACCUGUGCCCAUCAUUUUCAAUUUGAUUGAUUAUGAAUGGAUUCCUCCUUUCAAGCUCCACCACAUUGAAAUGCACAACUGCCGAGUAGGCCCCGGCUUCCCUGUAUGGCUUCAAUCUCAAACUGAGCUCGUGUGGGUCUCACUUAAGAAUGCUGGAAUCUCGGGUCCAAUACCAGAGGAAUGGCUCUUUAAGAUAUCUCCCCAAAUCUACUGGUUGGAUUUAUCUUCCAAUCAAAUAAGCGGAAAGCUUCCGUUCCGAUUCAACUCUUUUCCGAAUCUGGAUUCCAUAGUUUUGAGCCAUAAUCAAUUUGAUGGCACUAUUCCAUCAUCUAUUUGUAGCAUUCAAUCUCUACAGAUCCUUGCUCUGAAUAACAAUCAGUUAUCCGGAGAAUUCCCUAAAGAAUGGAGUUUGUGGAGCAUACAAUUUGUGGAUGUCUCAAACAACAAUAUGUCUGGUAAUAUUUCAAGCUCAAUGGGCAUUCCAAGUUCUCUUAGAAUACUAAAGACAGACAACAAUCAAUUUAGCGGAGAAAUUCCUUCUGCCUUGCAAAAUUGCUCACGUUUGCAGAGACUUUAUCUUGGAGGCAACAGAUUUACUGGAAGCAUACCUUCUUCGAUAGGAUCAAAAGUAUCCACAUUCACAGUGCUGCAAUUGCAAUCAAACUCUUUAAGUGGACAUAUUCCUCAUCAUUUGUGCAGUCUUCCUUUCCUUCAGAUCCUAGACCUUAGUCACAAUAGAUUUUCAGGGACUAUUCCCAACUGUUUGAAUAAAUUGACUUCUUUAAUCUCUAGUAGUUAUGGGGGCUGGAAUUACUUUGGUGAUUUUGAGGUAAUAACUGUGACUGUAAAAGGAAGAGCAAGUGAAUACUUCUUACGCAACGAGGUGCUUCUAACCAUUAUUGAUUUUUCGCAUAAUGAUUUAGAAGGUGAAAUUCCCGAAGAAAUCAAUUAA